CAUCGCCGAAGAAGCCUCCGCCCGUUCUCGAUCCCCACAAGAAGCAGCACAUCCGCGUACAACGACGGGCAAGGAUGGUCCGACCAUGUUUUCUGACGUUUGACGAUCCGAGAUGUGACAUGGACGACGCCAAGGUCGAUCAGUCACAAGCGCACGAUGAGCAUCGUUGCACUACCUUUGCCUCUCGCUUCGUCGACACCGUAGGCUUGAAGGUCGGCAAAGCGCUCGGUGCUCCAGCCGAAUGGCAACGAUGGCCAGCGCACUCGACCGUCCUUACCUACUUGCACCUUGCAGGCUAGAAGGAAGUGGCUUGCUAUCGUGCAUUGCCACCUCUGGCUCUGAAAUGCACGCGCAACCCUUUUCGUAGGCGCCAAAUUAGGGAUUAUUCUUCCCUUGGCGCCAAAAAACGUGAACUAGAUUUCGUGCCAGCGUAGAAGGACGAGUCUGCGAGCGUUCGGCGGGUGGACUUGAAGGGAGCUCUUGCAGGCAUGCCCAGAUGGUGUACUCAGCCUCGCCUUCGAUAAUUCAGGAUUAUCGAACUGCCUAUCAUUUCUUCCACGACCAGUUUCGCUUCGGUCAUUUCCCAAGAUGCGUCGCCGCGGAUCGUGCAUGUACUAUGCGGACGCGGGCCUCCUCGCCGUCGGCAACCUCAUCACGAUCGACGACUGGAUCCUCGACCGCGACCGCAGCCACUGCAGCGUAUGCGUCCAGCAGUUUUACGCGUUCAAGCGGCGCCACCACUGCCGGACGUGCGGCGAGGUCAUUUGCAGCCGUUGUUCCAAGCACCGCAAGUUGCGCCUUGUCGAACUCAAUGUCGACCUCACGGCGCGUAUCUGCACCAUCUGCGUCACCGCCGCGACGCUCGCCGCACGCGACGUGUCGGCCGCGCCACUGCGUCCAACGCUCCUCGAGACACCGUCGUCGCCCGUGUUUGCCGUGCCCGUGCUGCCGUGGGACGACGCCAAUUUGGCCACGUGGCGCCUCGAGGUCGCCCGCCAAGCCGAUACGAUCCAACCAGAGCAAGACGACACGCUCAAGCUGCUCGUGCACCUCGUGGCCACGUCAUUGCGGUGCCCGAUCGUGUUCUUGGGCCUUCUGGACCCGGAGGGCUUGCAUGUCCAAGCCAGCCGCGGCCUCGAUCCGUCCAGCGACAACCUCAUCCAGUUCUGCGCGCCUGUCUGGCGCCACAAUGCGACGCUUGUGCUCUCGGAGGCAAACGAUGCAAUGUUGCGCGACCAAGGCCUGCGGUACUUUGCAGGCACGCCGAUCGUCGUCGAGGGCGUCGUGCUCGGCGCACUCGUGGCCAUGGACAUGGAGCCCCACGGCAGCACCAACCUGAGCCAGCGCAAUACGCUCGAGUCGGUCGCGCGGAUCGCUGCCGAAGUUCUCGAGCAGCGCGCCAAGGAAGCCAACCAAACGCCAGGCCCGGCAGAAACAGACCUCUCGCUCGACGUGCCCGAGAAGAGCGACGUCGACGAAUCCGAUGGUGAUGGCGAUGGCACGGCGCCCUGCACGCCCAUGAAUGAGUUUCAGAAGGCCCUGUACGUCUCGCCGCGCGAUACGCUCUGCAGCGACUCGAACCAAACGAUCGAGUUGCCGUCGUCGGCGCAGCACUUGCCAGCAUACGACGAUGCGGUCGAGUCGAUGCUGCAGCUGUACCGUAUCUUGCACGGGUGCUCGUGGGAACCGACGAGCGUCGUCGUUGCCGAUCGGCGGGUCCAGUUCCAUACGUUUCACGAACGCUACCAGCACGGGUAUAUCAAGGCGACACGCGAGCUCACGGCGAUGCCGGGCAGCCCGUCGUGGGCGACGCUCGUGCAGCUGCCGCAAAUGCAAAUCUACAGCAACUGCCUCGCGCAGUAUGUGAGCCACCAGCCCAUCGAUGGCCGCACGACCAUGCACAACGUUGUGUUCCAGCCAGGGAGCUCAUGGACCCGCGCCAAGCAGUACCCACUGCUCACGCAUGCGCGCGACUACCCAAACGGCGCGGCCGUCUACCUCGGCAUGCAGCUUCGGGACGACCUCGUGCCCGAGUUUUGCUUUGGAUGGAUGCUAAGCCCGAGCGAUGACGAAGGCCGCGCCAAGAUCUCGGUCAUUGUGCCCCAGCACCGUGAGAUCCACGAAGCCAAUAUGAUUGCGAAUUGGCUCGACAAGCUCCAAGAGCUGGCGCACGCGCCGCGCGAGCAGCGAGCAAGGUCCGUCGACGGGCCGUCGCACGACGUCGUGGCACCCCGCGCGGCCCGUGCCAACACGACCGACGGCCGGCCCGCGACCGAAGCCUUCUUCUGGACCCUCCUCGAGCAGACCAUUUCGACCCAGCGAUUGCUCUCUGAGCGCCAAUCGGACCUCAUGUACACGAUGGAAACCAACGGAAGUCGUCUUCACCAGCUCACGGAGGCGGUCGAGCGUGUCGAGUGGCGCCUCGACCAGCCUCUUUAAUUCGAACUCGUGUGACUACGACGCUGUGGUGUUGACCGGCGGGAUGGGCUAAAGCAGCGCGAUCGCCCUUGCAAACAUGCUACCUGUUCCUAAGCACAGCUGUGCAAGGCCAAUGCAAGGAGGUUCGUU